UCGACACAGCAUCGAAACAUCAGUAUUGAAUGUCUCUAACAGAAGUGGACCGCACCAGUGGUGGCUGAUAUUGUUUGUUUAGUUUCUUGCUAAAAAGAGGAACCUUAUCUUUUUAUCCUUGACCUUGGUUAAAUGAAAAGAAUUCACAGAAGCUGACUGCCUCCAGAACUUUACACCAUGAUCAUUUUGGCUCUGUUCAUCUUCACUGUCCUGGCAGAAGUGCCUGUUUGGGCAAAAGUUGUUACUGAUUUUGAGGAGUGCAAGGAGUUUUUUUAUAAGGACACUGAACCACAGGGCAUGGAUCAAAACGCCAGGAAAAUUUGCCAGAAAUAUGAGUAUGGAGGGAAUUUCUAUGCUUCACUUUACUCAACAUACCACAGGAUUCCUGUGUACAGUGCCUACAAAUUUGAUCCCUCCUGCAGAAAUCAAGAGGCACGAAAAAGCGGUAACUGGUUCAUUGAGCCUCAGCUUUCUAACCUGGGAGAAGACACAAUGCAACCAGAGACAAACAAUAAUCGCGACAGAGUAAAAUCCAAUCAAGCUGUGAAUGAUGAUUACAGCAACACGGGCUAUGACAGAGGGCACCUCAACACCAACUCUUUCCAGUGUGAUGAUGGGCGUAAAGCUACAUUCACCCUGACCAACAGUGCACCUAUGGAUGCUUGCUUUAACCGUGUCCCUUGGAAACAAUGGGAGCAACAUGUCAGGGACAUUUUAAAGGACAAUGCUGUAUCAGGAACUGCCUACCUGGUAACAGGAACUGUACCUUCACUAGACUAUAGAAUACCAAGACAAGGGGAAUUUGAUGAUCCCAGUGCAAGAGAAUUCAACAGAGUCACUGUUCCUACACAUGUCUGGACAGCUGUCUGUUAUAAGGAUGAUAAUGAUGAUGAGCGCUCCUUUUCAUUUGGGUAUAUAGGGCUAAAUCAGCCUGACAGUAGAAUAAAUAUAAAGACUGUACCACAACUUAAUAAUCAGUUGUCUAAACUUUAUCGUGCACCUGAAGUAAAUAUUUUCAAAGAUGACUGUUUUUCUACCAAUCAGGAAACUCAGAAAAUCAUCAAGCAUCUUUACAGGACAAUCCAGCUGCCCAUUAGUGAUAGACUGAUCAUGUCUGAUGAUAUUCUGAAUACGUUUCAUGCAGCCACGAGUCGGUUUGAUGACGAUGAAGGGCCACCACCUUCCAAGAGGCCAAAGGUAACCGAGGUGAUAAUUAGUGAAAACUUUGACAGCCUGGGAACUUGGUUUAAAGCGACAGAGAGGAUGAAAUAUGUGUCUGGGUCGGCCUGUGUUCAGUCCCAACCAUUUACUGGCCCAGUUAAGAGUCUAAGCAGCACAGGGAUUCAAAAAAGAGACAUCGCUGAUAAUUCGCAAGAGCUCGUUUGUAGCCUCGUUAAAGAGGAGGUAUCAGCCUGCACUACAUCUUGCCUGUACAAGGAGGAGGCUAGAGAUUAUUAUUGCUAUGAUGGAACAUCAAGAGAGAGAUUGUGCUCUCCUGAGUAUUCCAUAAUAACGGUCAGUGGAAGUAAGUGUAACAGUGACCACACCUGUGGGACAUAUGGCUAUGACUACUACUGGUGUUGGGUAGACAGUUCAUGGGACUACUGCAGUCCCCCAUUACCAAUAGGCAAAGGAUACGGAGGGAACUACUGCCGUUCCAACCACAACUGUGGCUUCUAUGGUGAAACGUACACCUGGUGUUACACUGAUUACAAUGACAACUGGGACCAAUGCUGCAGGAUUGCCGAUGAUCGUUUCUCAGCUCUAAAUGGCAAGACCUGUAAGCCUGACUGUCCAUGCGGUCAUUACUCCGAGAGUUACCUUUGGUGCUAUACCACAGAUGGGUCUUGGGAAUACUGUUGUACUUGGUGACCCAUCUCUUUCGUGUCCACUAAGUUUUGCUCUUGAAAGCAUAUCUGUCAAGUCAGCUUAACUGAAAUCCAUGUGAAAUCCGAUUGUCAAAAACAUAAAAAAAACACAUAAAACUGUUGAAAAAUAAAUUAUUUUCUGAGAGAAUGGGAGAGAUAGGAUAAGAGAGGACAGAAGAGCAAUGUUGCCUGAAAAUAGAGAAACUGCAGUAGCAGUAUUUAAAGGCGCUGAACUGAAAACACGCCAACAUCAGAUAACAAACCAAUCAAUAUCAAAAACAGCUAUUAUCUCCAUUUCCUCAUGUUUAUAACAAACCAAAUUUUAUGAAAAUUGGUUAAAAAUGAAGUGAGUUACAGUCGACUACUAUAGCUAAGUCCAGACUCCAGAUACAAGCGCACUGUUUUCCUAUGGAUCUCCACUGCCCCAAUAUGGCGGAUGUGCUGGCGUAUAUCAUCAAUGGGAAAUAACAGCCAAUAUUGCAUCUAUGAAUGAUGUCUAUGAAUGCAGCCAAGUAGGUGAUUACAACAGAGUGUAGGAAGGUCAAGAAAAAUGAUUUAGUGCACUCGCAAAAUGGCAACAUAAAACCAAAACUAACUGGGUCAAAUGAGUACAAUAGAAUAAAAACAUGAACUGUGGUUCCGAUGUUCACGUGUGAGUUUAAGUAUCCUACCAGACGAAGAAAAUGAAUACGUAUGAGAUACAGAAUCUGCCACAAUAUCUGUUUAUAGAGAAGGAAUAUAUAUAGAAUAGACAGAAUUUAGUACAUUUAGAAUAUACAGAUUAACAAUUUCAGUUUGAUCUUGCUACUACCUCUAUCAAAACACAAAGAUCUGCACAGUGAUGAACAGAAUAUACAAUAAAUAAAGAAAAUGAUAAUAAAGAACAGUGAUGGAAAAAAUAAUGAUUCUGAUUCACGGCUCUUUCAAUGUAAGACUUGACAGGUAUGUUAAACCUAUACUUUAUUUGUUCAAGCAAAUGAGAUUUCAAACUUGAUUUUCAGGCUUCAUAUACGAAAAAAAAAAUCUUGUGCGGCAUUUAUUCAUGCAUGCUAUUCUUGUUUAUUUCAUUUUCCUGAUUAAGGACAUAAAGGAUGAUGUAUUCUGUUGGAACAUGUACUCAUAUAUAAAUGUGUAUUCAAUAAUAAACCAAUCAUUAUGUUACCAUCAUGUAUAUGUACACACAUGCAUACAUACAUAACUACAUAUACUGUACAAACUAUAAAACAAUAUAUGUAUGUAUGCAAGAAUUACUUUAUUUCCUAUAGAAGAAAAGUUUUUACAAAUGUUUCUUUACACUGAAAUAAAGGAAAUGUAAACCGUUCACCCUCACAGUAUUGGCAGAAGCCCAUUUGGGCAAAAGUUGUCGAUAGUUUUGGUGAGUGUGAUUUAUAUAAAGACACUGGGCCACUGUGAAUGAACCAAACAGAAGUAAGUUGAAUUAAAUAAUAAGCUACUAAAAUCAUUUAGUUUGGGCCGGUGAAAAAUAAAGGCCAUAUAGUAUACACACAUGCACAAGCUCCUGGUGUUAGCGAAGUCUCAUUAGACCAGUAAACAAAAAGUAAGUGAUCUUAGAAUUGUUCUUCUUAUUAAAACACAAGACUUCGCAUUGGCCAUGAAGAUCACAGUGGUUUAAAUACACAGGGCUAACAA